UGCAUCUAACAUAAUAUACUUAAUGUGAAACUCCUAACAUUCUCAUGUUCUUUAAGAACCAACAUCUACAACAACUUUAACUCUAUCAGCAGUGAUCCAAUGGUAGCCCUUUUCAGUAUUAGUAUUCAGUAGAGUACCUUAAUUUAGUCUAUGGAUGACCCUUUUCAUGAAGAACUAUCAAUGAAAGCACCAAUUGUUAGGACUUAAUUAAACUCAUAAGGAUAGACCAAUCCAAAAGACUAGUCCACUAGAUACAUGCUAGGAGUACUAUGGAGAGGAAUCAAACAUCACUUAAGAAAGACAACAUAGUUGAACAUGAAGAAGAGGAAGAUGAGGAGGAUGAAAGUCAUGAAGAAAAUGAGAAGAAGAAAAGUGCUUGUGUGAAUGGGAAAAAAAGGCCAAGUAAAAGUGGAAGAUUUUCUCCACCUUUCUGUCAAGCUGAAAGUUGUGAUGCUGAUUUUACUUUAUCAAAAAGGUACCAUCGUCGCCAUAAGGUGUGUGAGGUUCAUUCCAAGGCUCCUUCUGUGGUGGUUGCAGGGCUGAGGCAGAGGUUUUGUCAGCAAUGUAGCAGGUUCCAUGAGCUGAUGGAGUUUGAUGAAGCUAAAAGAAGCUGUCGAAGACGCUUAGCGCGACACAAUGAACGUCGUCGUAAAAGCCCUUCUGGAAUUUGCAAUGAAGGAAGCAGUAGUGGCAUCAAAGGGCAGCAAGACAGAGAUGGUGAUUGGAACAAAAUUGAGAUGGACAUGUCAAGAAGUUCUAGUCACGAGUUUUUGAAUUUCAGCUGAAUAUCCAUAUUUCAGCAUGCUUUCUCUCUUCUGUCAUUGGUUCCUUAUAUGUCAAGGCAUAUAAUAUUUGAUAAAAUUAAAGACCCUUUUGUUUGUUACAAUAAUAAGCAUGUAAACCAUAGGAAAUAAAAUUUCCCAAUAUCUUAAGGUGGGGUGUGUUUUGUCAUGCAAAUAAUUGGUCAACUUCCACGGAGCUAGCUAUAAUGUGUAUAUGUUUCUAAUGCGCUCUUGGAUUGAUCAGAAUAAGUUUCUUUUAGAUAUAUUUUGCAAGUUUUUAAACUUGACCGAAUCGUCCAGUUCAACCGAUUGAACCAAAACCAGCUAGUUGGUGGAUUGGAUUGAUCUGGUUAUAUCAAAUUGAAUCAGGAGUGCCUCUUUUAAGGCCAAUGUUACGCCCAAAACCCUAAUUAAGUACUCUAAUAGCAAAAUUAUAUUAAAUAAUAACAGAUAUUAUAAUUGAGUUUCUCUUA